CUGUCAACAUCACUGAGACAACAUUAAUAUAUAAUAUUCCCAAGACUACUAACAAGACUUUUGGAGCCUUUGCUAAUCUCCAAAGAUUUUACGCACCAUCUUUUCAUUAUCCUUGGAAACUACAACAUCAGCCAAUAUGAAGGUUCUCGGACCUACCUGCGCACUGAAGAGCAAGGAAGGAGGCAAGGACAUGGUGCGGUGCCUAUCCGACCAGAGCCUUUCCAUCUCCAAAUGUAAGAUCCCGCUGCUGGACGAGCAGAUGACCGUGUUUCUGCAGGACAUGAACAGUUGUUAUAGCAAGCUGAAGGAGCUGGUCCCCACUCUGCCUACCAACAAGAAGGCCAGCAAGGUGGAGAUCCUCCAACACGUCAUUGACUACAUAUGGGACCUGCAGGUCGAGCUGGACGAGCCGGAGAAGAACCGUCAACAGAGCAGCGUGCCGCGCACACCCCUGACAACGCUGAACGCAGAGCUGGCCAGUAUCACUGUCGAGGUAAAUAUCACUCUGACAUGUCUUGAUGAGUUUCUACAAGACCUACCUAGUGUCUCCCAAUAUCUGACCCGACUGUAAGAAGUAAUAAGAAUAGUCUGUAACCGUUUAUAACUGCGUAAAGUUAUGUUCAGUUUCACGAGUUUCAGUAGGCAAGUCAUUUCACUGCAAACACUGACCUAAACGUUUUUAUUUUCUCUUUCCAGAAUGGAUGCUCGGAUGACAGAAUCAUGUGCCGCUAGACCUCUCGGAGUAUCGCCCCAUCAUUCCAGAGCGACCACCACGAUGAAUGAACAAGGUUACAUUAUGUGACAUUUGAUCACGACCAAACCUUGAGCCAAGUAGGGAAGUUGCAAACUCCCAUGCUAGAAAAUACUUUCGAUGAGACAUUCUAAAGAAGCGAGGAACUGUCACUCAAGGCAUUCGAUCCAUUCCGAGGUCUCUGAUCUCAUGGAGACGAGUGGUUCCGAAUAGACUGUGUUAGCCAGGCGACCAUGGCAGUUAGUGCAAACAGCUUCGCCUGUUGUUGUGUAGUUGCUCAAGAAAGUCAAAGUUUCUGUUACGUUUUUGUAUCUUGUGAAACAUGUAGAAAUUCCACAUUUUGUAAAAGAAAAGUAAUUCAUUUUCUCAGAUUCCUGAGCGACAAACUGUAUUGUAUAUUACAAUGUCACACUAUGUGAAAAAAUAUUGUUUUUUUUACAAUGUACCUUAAUGGUGUUUUUAUUAAAACAAGACAAUUAUUUUUAAACA